AUGUAAAGCCUCUGAUAAAUGGCGAACGGAAGGGCAAACUGUAAACAAAUACAAAAGAACUGGACAUUUUUAGGCGAAUUGUGACUUUUAAGGGAAAAGUAACUUAAUAGUACGAAUACUGUGUCUAAAUGCAAACGGAAAUAUUCGAUAUGCGGCAGUGAGCGAGAGUUUAAACUAGCAUUGAGCGUUAGGAAGCUACCUGGGCCUGCUGACAUUUGCGCAGACUUGGAAUUUGGCAGUGCUGUAAUGCGAACGCGGGCUCUGGAUAGAGACCCGCACAGUUAACACUGCUAUAAUUUAAAAUCCGUUUUAAAACCAUAUACGUCUGACAAAGUUACCACCAGUCAGUAUCAUGAGUACAAUCUCGGACAGCAGUCAGCCGUCCGAAACUAACAACACGAAAAGAAGUGCAAGUCCAAGUGGAGAAUCUGAGUCCACGCUGCCCAAGCAGGCGAAAGUCAGCGAUGAGGAACCAAGGAAUGACUCUCAUGAGGAUGCAGGACCUGAGAAAGUUGGCAAUGAUGAGCCAAAACACGGAUCCGCCGCGCAGGAGAGCACAGGAGCGGCUGGUGGAGGUGAGAGCGCGCGCCAGCAGUCAGACUCCGCUGCCAUCGCCGCAGCAGAGGCGCUCGCCAGUCUGACCGGUGGAGACGGGGGCGAAGACUGUAAAGAAAUGCCCUGUUCGUCCAAAAAAGCAAAUCGAGAGAAAUCUAGGGAUAAGUCUAAUCGUCCCAGUUGCUCUCAGAGCGAGAGAAGGACGGAGGCAGCCGCGGCUGACAGCUCCUCAUCCCUGCUACUCUGCGAGGACAGAGAAGAUCCAGAGCAGGCAUCGUUUGUGGAUGAUGAUGAGGAGGAUGACGACUCCCUUCCUGUCUCUUCCUCCACGGCUAGCUCGUCUGUCGCCUCUGAUAAUGAGGAUAACGAGGACGGAGAGUGUGCCAUAGUGUCGGUGAAGAUGGCCCCGGAGGUGCGGCAGUCCGUGGCGCUGCUAGCACAGGUGCAGAUGCGGCUGGAUGUGCUGGAGAAGAAAGGCGCGCGUCUGCAUCAACGCCUGGAGUUGAAACUGAGCCGCCAGCGACGCCCUCACCUGGACCAGCGCAGCGCCAUCACUCAAGCCAUACCAGGCUUCUGGGUCACUGCUCUUCUGAAUCACCCACAUCUAUCAGCACAAAUCGAUGAGACUGAUGAAGAUGCUUUAAGCUACAUGACUAAUUUAGAGAUUGAGUCUUUCAAGAACAACAAACUUGGAUACCGCAUCUGCUUCCAUUUCCGGCGAAAUCCCUUCUUUCAAAACAAAAUGAUAGUGAAAGAACUUCAUCUUGGUAUGGGAGGGUCUCCGGUGUCAUUCUCAAACCCAAUUUUGUGGCACAGAGGGCAGAAUCUGGUCGGUAGUGGAGAACCACGUCGAACAUCACAGGGGGUCUACCAGAGCUUCUUCCACUGGUUCAGUGACCACAGCAACCCAGGAAGGGAUGACAUCGCACAGAUCCUGAAGGAUGACCUGUACAAAAAUCCUUUGAGGUACUACCUGACCCCACUCUGGGAGCCACGAGAGAAUGGCAGCAGUGCUCCAAAACGUCAGGGCAGCAAUAAUGGAGACGAGUGUGUGAUCAUCUCAGAUUCAGAUGAAGAAGAGGAGCAGAGGAGCCAAAACUUGGGGCAGGAGGAAGAAGAUGACCAAGGCUCAGAAGAGAAUGACAGAGAUGAGGGGGAAUCCUCCUUCGAGGAGAGAGAGGAAGAGGAAGUGGAUGUUGAGGAAGUAGAAGAGUCACGUGACUCCGAAGGCUGUGAGGUCAGAGAGCAAGGACGGGAAGAGGAAGAUAUUGAUAUAGACGAAGAGAAGAGUUAGGACUUGGGGUUGUCGCCAUUUCUUUUUAUGCAGAAUAGCAUCAUUCGAUUUUUCUAUGAUCUGUUUUGAUGAUAUUGUUUUCUGCAUAAAUUAAGUCAAGCUGUUAAUGAUGCUUAAUGAUCAGGAUUUAACUAUGUAUUCAUUGUAGAUGGUACUUUCUAUACAUCAAAGAAUAUGAAUAUUAAAAUUCAGUGUGUGCACUCCUCCAAAAACAUCUGGUUUCCUUAAGGUGUCAUCACAUUUUACACUUAUAACUUUGCAUUAACAGAUUUCCGAGGGCUACUGAUUCCCGUAAGACACCUCUUUUAUCUCACAAUGGACUGUUUAAAGCUUGGGAUUAUAGACUGCACUCAGUUUAGUUUAGUUUUUUUGUCCAGUUUAGAGGGCUUUUGUGUAUGACAGUAUACAGUAGCAUUGUCCAUCACUCACAAUCAUGACCAUUUAUAAACACACCAUACUUUCCUGUUUGUAUGUUUUAUGGGCUUAAUCACAUUUUUCAGUCAUUGCUGUAAUAUUUUUGGGUGAUUGUUGUUUGUGUUACUUUUUCAUCCUCCUCUACAGAAUUCUGGCAUCAUGAAGUGAUUGGUUUUCUUGCCUUGUUAUUGUUCAUUAAAUACCACCACAUUUUGGUUAUAAGGAAAAAGGUCAAACAUUCUGAAAUGCACCUCAUUCUGAACCAAAACUAGGUAACUCAGGGAUGUUAACUCUUUUAUCCUCCUUAUAUUAUAGAUGGGUUUCCCUUCAUCAGCUUCAUUUAUUAAAAAUUGUAGUUUUUCACUUUGUUUACAUAAGCAGAUAAAAUCACUUGGUACCUCUUGCUAUGAUGACCAUGUGAUCCUAAAUCUACUUUUGUCAUGUCUAAGGAUUGAGUUGGAUAUCUACACACUGUCAACACAUGCACAUUACCAUUUAUUCACUGCAGUGAAUAACAAUUGUUAUGUAAAUGAACAAAAUAGUGGCAAGACCAUCUUGUGGUGUGUUUUUUUUUUCUUUCCUUUUGACAGCAUGAUGUGUGCACUCAAUACUCAGACUUUUGUGUCCAGUUAAAUGCUUGGAUAAUAUUGUAAAAAUAGUGAAUAUGUACACAUUUGUUCAUGACGUCUUUCAUAUUCAUAUCACUUUUCUUUUUCAUUUAUUUCUGAAUUGUGCUUCUUUCCCUACUUUGCAAUAAUGUAUUUUCUUAAACUUUGGUCAGUCAGUUAUUCGAGUGAAACCAUUCUAAAUGUUAUCAUAGUAAUCUGUAAUAAGGCAAUUGUGUUAAAACAUUUUGAGUUCAUUGAUUUUGAGUUUUGACCUGUAAAAGUUUGGUUUAAAAAGCGAAAAGCUGUAUACUGGAUUGAAGGCCAGUGGUUUGUACAUAAUCCUUUCCCUUAAAAAAGGGUUUAUAAUUUGUUAUUGAAUCAUUAGGAUAGAUUUGACCUACAGUAUCAAUGAAAAGCUAUAUUUUGUGUGCUAAAUUUUAUAGAGAACUACAAUUUUUAAAUAUGUGUUUUUUUGGUUUUGGUUUUCAUGUCAAAUAAAGUUUUUGUCUUUUCAUUCA